AUAAAAGCAAAUUUAUAAUUACAUAUAAACCCCUCUACCCUACAACAAAAUUAUGAGGUUUACUGUGGGGUAAUAUUAAAACAAUCCAAGGUUAGGCUACGUAUAACUCUUCAGAGCUUCCACAAAACACGCUUCAGAGCUCCAAUGGCGCUUCCGACGCUCUCCCAAUGCCAAGCCCAUCUCCUUCCAAAACCCUCUCUUUCUCCAUUACCUUUUUUCAGGCUCCCAAACCCUAGUUCCAAUCCUAGUGCCAUCUUCUCCUCCCUCGUUAUCCCCUCCUCGUCCGCUCGCCGGCGGAGGUCCAUAAGGUGUUCGACCCCCCACGGCGGAGACUAUGAGCACGAGCGUGUUGUGUACCCGCGGCCACAGGAGGUCCCUUGGAGUAAGGACCUCGCCAAUUCCGUCCAUUUGAUUGGGAUUGUUGGGGCUCCCGUCCAGAUUAAGCACCUCAGCAGUGGCAAGGUUCUCGCUUGGACGCGCCUUGCCGUAAGGAAGUCCGCCACCGAUACCACCUGGAUCAGUCUGACAUUCUGGGAUGAGCUGGCACAUGUAGCUUUUCAACAUGUGGAGAAGGGUCAACAGGUAUAUGUUUCUGGGCGGCUUGUUUCAGACACUGUUGAAGGAGAUGAUGAGAAAGACCGGCAGGUUUAUUACAAGAUUGUGGUACAGCAGCUGAAUUUUGUUGAGAGGAACUUCCCGCCAAUACCUUUGUAUGAACCAGGGAUGAACUCUAUGAUUUCAGGUGUCAAACCUGCAAGUCUUGUCAGUAAUAAUUCUGGCUCUAUGGAGCAGCUCUGGCAAGCUUUCUUUGCCAAUCCAGUUGACUGGUGGGAUAACAGGACAAACAAGAGAAAUCCAAAGGCUCCUGAUUUUAAGCACAAAGACACCGGCGAAGCUUUGUGGAUUGAAGGCAAGUACAACCCACCAUGGGUGAAGUCUCAGCUGGCUAUACUGGAUACGAGGAUGGGCUCGCUUCAACCCAAUGGAUCAAGCUCUGCUGUUUCUUUCAUGCAUGCAGAUGAUUUUUCUUCCUUCUAGCAUUACGGUGUUGAUGCUAGAAGUCAAUAUACCUUGCUAGAUGCCAAUUUUGUUUGGUUUGAUCAAGAUAUGCUAUGAAAAUUAUUGUUUUGAGGCUCUAGCUGGAAAGUUGUAGUUUUUGGCCUGAUAUGAUCCAGUUCCUUUUGUUUUAUGCUACUUUUUGUAUACUCUGUAUUGUUCAACUCUGCAGCGUAUAUUGAAUUUAAAACAGCAAGUUUUUGUUGAUA